CACCUGUAAACCCGACUUUGCGUCAACGUCAUCAUCACCCCACGAUCGGAUCUCAACUUUACUAUCCAGUCAAUCAAACACCAAGGGCGGGAGGACCCUGUAUGGGGAGGCGAACCUGUGUUUGUUAAAUUUCAAUUACACCGCCAUUAAAUUCUUCAUUUGUAAGCUAAAAACUUAGUACUUCUUUUGCCCGCUUAGGAUCGGGAAACAGGAAAAAAGGAGGGGGAAUUCGAGAAAAGCAACAAUCGUCGGAAAAGAGGACCCUUAACAAAAAGAGUCCGAAAUAGAAAACAACAAACAAGACAACCCCAAGACAAGAACAAUAAAAACAACAGCAAAUAAAAAAGAACACCAUCACAAACAUGGCGUCUCGCCAAUCCCGCCAACAACACACAACCUCGGCGCCGGCGGCGAGCCGGACGCAGACAGAAACGUCGACCCCCUCACAAGAGCAGCCGCCGCAGGAUCCAACCCCCGAGGUACGGUCGCAGCCUGCGAUCCUCCGUCUCCGCGGGGUGCGCGCGUCGAGCGGGCCGUCUGUUCGGUGGGCCGAGGGCGUGGUGGACAAUGAAGGGCUGGGGAGGAAGUCUUCCAAAGUCUGCUGCAUCUACCACCCCACCAAGCCAGUAGGCGAAUCCUCAGACGAGUCUUCGUCCGACUCCUCGUCCGACUCUGGCACCGACAGCGACGACUCGACCCGCGGCAAGGGCAAGAGGAAACAUCGAAGCGGAGGCGGAGGUGGAGGCAAGAAGCAUGGAGAAGGGGACUGUCACGGCCACAACCACGGCCACGACCACGGCAGCAGCAGCAGCAGUGGGGGUGGUGGCGGUGCCAGGAAAAAGAAAAAGAAGCGCACCCCGAGUCCAAACGCCUACGAAAAGAUGCCCAAGGUCAAACCCAGGGCGCCUGCUCCCGAAGGGGCGCCUGGUGCGUCGGGGCAAUGACCUUUUCUUGUUGAGGUCUUCUGCUGCUGCUGCUUUCCGUUUAUUUCCUAAUUCUAGAAAACUAGAUUUUAUUCAUGAGCGUUGUACUUUUUUUUAUUUCCGUACGUAGUGGGUAUCGGGGCGCCAGAUAAUUUUCGCGGCAGGGUCGGGCUGUUAUGGCAGGCUGCCCAUGGACCGGCAGCGUAAACGGUUAUUGGUGUUUGAUGAUGUUUUUGUGCGGCUUUUGCGGGAAUGAUUGAUGUUCUCUGUAUUUUAUCCAGAGGCUUCUUGUAUGGAAGCGGGCGUUCCGGAUCAAACAGGCUUGAAAAUAGCCUACUUCGGGCUUAUGAAAUAUUCAUUGAAAUUGGUGUGCAUUGGUUGGGAGGUUAUAAUCUGCAGAACCAUGAGCGGCCAUUCACCCAUAUAGGCGCCUAUGCAUACCCCAUCAUCCACUUACCAACCAUGGACCAUAAAUAACACCAGGUUGGUUCACAGGUUCACAGACGAUAUGAACAGUACAGUACACGCAACAUGG